AUGGACUUGCACAACGAAGCACCAGUUCAGUCUGCACUGCCUCGCAACCGCUGGUCCAGCUUCUUCCACGCCGUGUGGAAUGGUCCUGCCAGUCCCAGAGACGAUCCUCCCCAGCCAUUCACGCUUCUUCCCCGAAUCGAGCAGUUUCCUGACCAGUUCCGUCAGCGGGUAGCAAAACAGUACCGAGUUGCGUUAUUGGCGUGCUACUACACACUCUGGUUUGGGCUCAUUUACUCGAUAGUGGUGCCAUACUUCACGUUGCCGCCAGGAAACGGCGCUGUAGCGGCUGUGUCGUUGUCCUGCCAGGGCCAGCUCGACUGGAGAGGCAAAAACGGAGCCUGUGGCCUCCAUGGCAAGCUCUGCCAGCCUCCAGCCGACGACGUGAUCAUCCGAUGCCCAGCACUUUGUGAUAGGAGCAGCUGGACCUACUCGUUGGUGCCACUAGGCGACCAGCGCAUCAAAUAUCGCCUGUUCAUCGUGGGAGGCGGCACAGAACCGCACCAAACGGUUUCCAGACCCUACAGAGCAGACUCUUACCCCUGUGGAGCUGCUGUUCAUGCAGGCAUUCUUUCGCCCUUCUUUGGUGGUUGUGCCAAAGUAGCAUUCACAGGGGAGAAAGACGGCUUUUCGCUGGCCACUGGCCACUAUGGCAUGGAGUCGAUCUCGUUCCGGUCGUUCUUCACCUCCAGCUACUCGUUGCUGAAACUUCCGGGUCAGUAUGCCCAGUGCUACGACCCACGACUCUUGGUGCUUAUCGUCAACAUCGUGCUUGGGCUUCCUAUCGUGUACCUUGCCAGCGGAGCUGUGGCGUUCUGGACAAUCAAUACAGUGGGAUUCUGGACCAUCUGCCUUGCCACAGACCCGCCAGUGUCGGUGCUGCUGAGUCCCGAGGAUUUUGCUUCGUUGAUCUCCAUUGGCUUGGAGCGGUUUCUUCCCAGCUGUUUCAUUCUCUACGUGUUGUGGCGGUGUUCUUCGAAAAGAACGCUUUCGGAGCCACCACCAGAGCUCGAUGUCAAACGCUCGCCUCUCAGCAGGGUGGUUUUCUGGUACCCCAUGUUCUGGUUGGGUGUGCUUAACAAUGUGACAUUUGAUCGUCUUCCCGUGGACAGACUCACGAUCAGUGACUUGAAAGAGCAGGCUGGUGCGCUUGUGUCGGUGUUGGGCAUCGUGUCGUUGAUCCUCACUUGUGCCGUGAUCCAGGCAUACAAGAUCUGGCUUUCAGGAAGGUUCCAGAAGUACUUGAAGGUGUACUUGUGGAUGCUCGCAGGGUUAGUGGCAGUCUCCACCAUCCCAGGGUUGACUUUGCGGGUGCACCACUAUAUCCUUGCGUUGAUCUUGUUGCCAGGGUGUUCUACGCGAGGCAUCACCGCCUUGCUCUUCCAGGGACUCCUCUUGGGGCUCUUUCUCUCUGGUGCAUCUCGUUGGGGCCUUGCAGCCAUUGCUGAAACCGUGAUUGCUUUGAAGAGAGACGAUCCUAUUGGCAAGGUGUUGCCUCCCAAAAUGGUGGCCUACGACGCUGGUUCCGGUGUUCUUUCAUGGGAAAAUGCAGUCAGGAACCUCACCAAACAAGAGGAGAAGCUCUACCAGAAAUAUAGCUCGGUCUCGCUUCUCAUCAACGACAUAGAGCAGUACGUGGGCGAAAAGACCAACAGCGUGGACCUCAAGAAAUUAUUUGGUUCCGAGGAAUUGGCACCCAAGAUCAGCCACGCGCUCAAGGGCAAUUUCACUGAUGAGAAUGGCGACAUCAGCAUUUAUUUGAGGAUCGGACGAAAGAUCAAGAAAGGAUCGGUGUACAGCGACUUUUCCAAUAGUGCCGUCCUCAAGUGGCCCAGCGGCAACAUUACGCUUCCCGAAGACGGGUUGACGUGA